AUGGGAAUUUCAGGUGGAAUGAGACCCGGACGCAGAUCUCGUGCUGGCAGGAACCAUUCACCCGCUAGUGAGGGUGAUGAUGAGCAUGUUCCUCGUGGGUUGUUACGGACCGUGGAGCGGUUGUUUGAGCGUUUUGCAGCGGCUCUCCCCAAUCCUAGGACUGACUAUACUGUGGAGCGUGCCAGACGCCAUGGGGCGUAUACUUUCUCUAGUGCUCCUACGGAGUCCGUAGCAGGAGACUGGAUUACCCGCAUGGAGAGAGUAUUUGAGUCCUUGGGUUGUCCAGCUACUAGGAGGGUUCCUUUGGCUAUUGACCUCCUAGAUGGGGAUGCAUGGCUUUGGUGGCAGGGUACCAGGAAUAUGGGUUUUGACCCAACUACCAUGACUUGGGAAGAGUUCAAAACGGAGUUCUCAAAUCGGUACUAUAAUCAGGCAUCCCAGCAUCGUCUCCGAUUUGAGUUCAUGCAGUUGAAGCAGACUGAAGAGAUGACCGUGUUACAGUAUGAGGAGCGUUUCAUUGCUUUCUCUCGGUUUGCCCCUGAGUUGGUGGCGACAGAAAAGUUGAAGGUUGAUCAGUUUAUCAAUGGUCUCCUACCUGUAUAUCGAGAUUGGUUGGCGCCUCACGAUUAUCCGACUUUUAAGUUAGCUGUGGAGGCUGCUAUGAGGUGUGAGGCUAGAUAUCUGGACGGUUCCCGACCUUUGGAGAUUGGCGGUCCCAGUCAGGGGCCAUCUAAGAGAAUUGCCUUUAGUUCGGGUUCUGCAUCGUCAUCAAGCAGUAGACCGAGCAGUUCAGAUUCUAGCUCUCGUCAGCGUUUCAGGGGACGCUUCAGGAGGCCUGGGCAGACAGGUAGGAGACAGUCCAGGGGUGGCACUGCUAGUUCGAGUGGAGGCUUUGGUAGACAGGCGAUUCCGAGAGACUAUCCCCAGUGUGCUACUUGUGGUAGACACCAUGCAGUUUGUCAGGCAGGAACAGCACUCAGCCGGGUCGUGGACAGAGAGGGCGUCCAGUGA